AAUGGAUUUCGAACGCAGCAUAACCGACAUGCCAUUCGAAAUUCUCGAUCUGAUAUUCGAAAAACUGAGUUUUUUAAAAUAUAAAGUUUACCUAGCUCAGGCGCACGAGAAGCUUGCAAAAGCUUUCGCCUUUCACUGCCGCCACAAAUUUAGGAGUCUUACGCUCGACGGACGGCUAUCUCUAGAUUUGUGGGAGUUUCUUAUACGGGAAUGUGGCGCUACGAUUGAAGAAUUUAUCUACGGGGGAUGUGGUAGAUUGGAGAAGUGUGUUGCACUGACGGCGGUGGCAAAGCAUUGUCCCAAUUUGAAAUCGGUACGCAUACUGUUAUAUCGGUGUGAUCGGGAAAUCUUGCCCGUUUUCCUGGAAAAUGUAAAAAGCUUGCUGAUAUCGCUUAAAAUAAACCAACAAGAUCACUUUCCGGCUACCUUCCUUAGUGCGGUGAGUGAAAUGACGCAACUAAAGGAAUUUUCCUUUAGGGGAUAUAUGCACGAAAAUGUGCACCACUUGGAUAAAUUGAUUGCCCUGGAGAGGUUGAGCCUCGAAGAUAUUAAACAUUACAGUAAAACUCCUGUGGACUUAAUGCGAAUUUGUGCAUCACUAAAGAAACUGCGCCAUUUAACUUUAAUUAGGCUGCAAAUAUUGCCCUAUGAUGAGCCUUGUUCAACAUUUUGGUCCGACUUGGAACACCUGUGCUUCAAUUAUUGCGAAUUCUCCUUCGAAUUGCCAGACUGCCCAAAGCUCAAAUACUUAAGUAUUGAAUACCCAAACUGUGACAUCGAAGGCUAUGUCCUGAAGUUCAUUCUUAAGAAUGGAAAAAAUCUCACAGAACUGCACGAAAGGUGCUUUCCGCCGAUCGAUGGCAAUGGGUUUCUGGACCUGCUUCGCGGCUGCCCGAAACUGCGAUGUCUAUAUACUCCAAUGGAGUUUAUAAAACUCUACGCGGCCUAUGUGUCUGCUAUGGUGGAAAUUCUAAAGGAAAAUGGAGCAACGCCGGAGGACCCUUUAGAACUCGUUGUAUGCAGGCGAAUAAAGUGGAAGUGGUUUCGACGACUGCACCUUCGCACUCCCGAUGCUGACUUGAUUGAUUUGUAUGAGGGUACAGAGUAAAAUCAUACAAAUGUACAUAUAGGGUGUUUUUUU